AUGGCCACUGAUUCACGUAUUGGUCGUGAGUUUUCAUUACCCGCACAAUCAGUACUGGAGUUGGGAUUAAUUGAAUGCGAUUUGAAAAACGCUGAAAAAGCGACUCAACUGUUGAACAAAUGUAUGACUGAUUACACGAGUUAUCCGAACGAAAACUUUGUACACAUCAGAGCCUAUGCGGCGCUCAGAGAGUUGGGAGCCGUCGGUGAGGCUCCGGAAGUCGACGACCAGAAAAGUAAGAAAUUUGGCUAUAGCUUCGGUGUUUGUUCCCAUUCUGAAAAAGAAUACUUAACUACAUAUGACACGAACACGACCAUGUCAUAUCAACUACUACUAGGGCAGCUGGGAGCCGGACACUUGCUCGAAAUACACUUGCUCGGAAAUUUGGCAUAUUCCGGUCAUUUGCCGGUCGAUGAGUCCAUAGGAGGGGCCGAACAGGCGUUUGAAGAGCUGUUGCGGACCAACGAUGGAGAAGCGAUGAUCACAAGCGUUGAACACUAUUGUGAUCGGAGAAGAUGUGAAGAGAGCGAAGACAUAUGCGUCUCAAGCAAUAAAACUAUGCAUUGUAAAAACGUGGUAAUAAAUCGCACGAAAUGGGAGAACCCAUUAUCUCAAAAAUAUUAUGAAUGUGCCGCCCGUUUGGCCAACGGUUGGUCUCAUUUAAUAAUUUGUUGUUUUCCGCCCAAAAUCCUGCGUCUCAUCAACUUUUUGGGUAUUUAUGGCAAUGAGAGUAAGGGAUGGAAAAACUUGGACAUUGCAAUGAAUAAUUAUACGGGUAUAUUCACCAAAAUCACCAAGCAAACAUUCGCGGCGUAUCUAUGGCUAGACGGACACAUGUUUUUGGGAACGCCUGAUAUCGAUAAAUAUCAACGAACAGUGGUAUUUCAGGGGAAAAUCGAUCAUGGAAUUGAGUUGUAUAAAAAGGUGCUAGAUCAGCAAUUCGAGUCAUGUAAAUCGAUUGUUCAAAUGGAGCUGAUGUGGUGCUAUGCCUUGAAAUGCGAUUUAAAUGAGGCAAUAAAGUGCGGUGAAAAGUUUCGUACCGAGUGCAAAAUCUCACCUGGGUGCGCUACUUAUUGGGAGGCUGUCUUCCGGUACGCCAAGAGUGUGGACGAUAAUGAUUCGGUUGAACAAUAUAAGGCUACCCUAUUAUUACAAUCAAUACCAGACAUAAGGAUAAGACGUUUGGGUAAAUCAAUGACACCCGAGAAAGUGGCUGUCGUUAGGGCUGACAAAUACUUCAAAUUCAAUGAAUUCUUAAUAUUACCCGAAGUGGUCACAUCAAGCGAUUAUCUGGAUAACUAUUUAAUGGCCACCGAUUCACGUAUUGGUCGUGAGUUUUCAUUACCCGCACAAUCAGUACUGGAGUUGGGAUUAAUUGAAUGCGAUUUGAAAAACGAUGAAAAAGCGACUCAACUGUUGAACAAAUGUAUGACUGAUUACACGAGUUAUCCGAACGAAAACUUUGUACACAUCAGAGCCUAUGCGGCGCUCAGAGGGUUGGGAGCCGUCGGUGAGGCUCCGGAGGUCGACGACCAGAAAAGUAAGAAUUAUUGA